AUGCAGCCCUCUCUCGCUCUCCGGAUGUUUCGACCUACUGGUCGCAUGAUGAAGGCGGCCGAGCCUAACACCCCCGGCUUCGCUGGCAAGGUCAAGAAGGUCCCUGCUGAGCUGUGGCCCCUUGCUGCUGUCGUCGGCUUCGCCCUCUGCGCCGCCGGUUUCUCCAUCGGCCGCAAGUUCGUCGUCGACAAGAACCUUCGUCUCGCUCGCCAAGGUCCUGGAAAGGACGAGCACGGCGAGGAGCACCAUUAA